UGUCCUCCUGCACUGCCUCCACAGUACGGUGAGAAGCCCACAGUCUGCAGCCAGCAUGCCUGAGAUCACCACAGACCACCUGGAUGAGAAGCAGGUGCAGCUGCUCUCGGAGAUGUGCAUCCUCAUCGACGAGAACGACCAGAAGAUCGGCGCGGACACCAAGAAAAACUGCCACCUUAACUCGAACAUCGACAAAGGUUUGCUGCACCGAGCUUUCAGCGUCUUCCUGUUCAACAGCGAGGACAAGCUGCUCUUACAGCAGAGGUCCGACGCCAAAAUCACUUUUCCAGGCUGUUUCACGAACACAUGCUGCAGUCACCCUUUGCACACAUUCAGCGAGCUGGAGGAGAAGGAGGCAUCAGGAGUGAGGAGGGCUGCUCAGAGGAGACUCAAAGCUGAGCUGGGAAUCCCUCUGGAGCAGGUGCCUCCAGAUGAAAUGACGUACUUAACGAGGAUCCACUACAAGGCCCAGUCGGACGGGAUUUGGGGAGAACAUGAGAUUGACUACAUUCUCUUUAUGCAGAAGGACGUGGACCUGAGUCCAGAUCCCAAUGAGAUCAAAAGCCACUGCUACGUGAGUAAAGAAGAGCUGAAAGCCAUGUUGGAAAAGGCCAAGCGCAAGGAGCUGGAGAUCACCCCCUGGUUCAGCCUCAUCGCAGACACCUUCCUCUUCAAGUGGUGGGACAACCUGCACAACCUCAAGCAGUUCAUGGAUCACAACAACAUCCACCGCAUGUGACCACCAUCAGGGUCCACACCCGGCAGUUCCAAUAAAGACUGUCCCCCUGCUGGACUGGGUUUCAGCUGGGAGCUGAGGUCGAAACACGUGUUACCUACUUCUGUCAUGAGACGCAUGCAGAAGGUUUUUAAGGUCCUGGAAUGUUUUUAUCCAGCAUGGAGGUCACGUUCACAGGUGUCCGUUCAGUCGGAUUUCAAAUGUUCAGAUUUGUUAUGUAGAAACCUGCAGAGUUCUUGACAGUCCUUCUGAAAUCAGGUAUUUUUCUAUGAAAAUGCUAAAGUGCCUGGUAGCAGGUCAUUAAGCUGAGAUGAUUUACUCUGAAAUGUAGAUAAUAUCAGUGAACAAAUGGUCUUUUUAACUUUUACAAAAUAAAAUGUUUUACUGUGUUUGCUUGACA